AUGGCAUCGGAUCUGCACCUCCAAGCAGAUGGCUAUGACGACAGCUGCGUACUUCGGGACUAUAUCCAGAACUGCGACCACCGUGACGGUGGCACUCCCGUGGAUUGCUCUAAAGCUAUCAAGGUCUACAUCGACAUAGUCGCACAUGAGCUCAAAAAUGUCGAUGAUCAUCGUGAGGAAUUCCAAAUGGUCUUCAUGCUGAAGCUCAGCUGGCUCGAUCCCGACCUGAAACACUUCAAAUCAAGCAUCACUGUUCGCGACAGAAGCGGUUUCACGAAGCUUCAUCUGCGCCAGCUGGACGUUGUCAUCACGAAGAUGUAUUGUAACGGCGACAUCGAGUUUAUCGAAUUGUCGGAUCUUUCACAGAAGCGUCAGCUCCUGCGCAAGCAUGACUACUUCAGCAUUCAAGACCCAGAGUGGAAGGAGUAUUUCUUCCCGUCAUAUACUUUUCUUAAUAUGCAGAAUGACGCUGCACAGCCCUUGGAGGCAAGAAGGCUGCUUUGGUGUGGUGAGGUGGGUGGCUUCGUCUCCUAUGCAGUGAAGUAUGACGCGAAGUUUAAGGAGAAGCUGGAUCUGAGAGCCUUUCCCAAAGAUCUUCAGCUGUGCAGGAUUCGGCUGACGGCCGAGAAAACCGUCGACGAGUUCAAGUCGUGCCGCUGA